UAUUAAUGUCUAUGGAUGGUUAUGGUCUGUCACUGUUGUUGUCAUGUUGUUGUGAUAUUAUUUUUGUCUUAUCCUUUCCCUCUGUAAAUACUUGAGUUUAUAUUUUCACUUUAAAAUAUAAAAUACCAACAAAUCUAUAGUACUUUUACACCACCAUGUCGUUCGAAAGUUUCGGAGUUAUCAACGAUUUAGCUCCAGUGUUUCGCCCAUACGUGCAAAAUGUAUACCAAGAUUUGAAACUUGGUUUAUGUAAAACUAAAGUUGACUUUGAGAGAAUAUCUGGAAAUUUAGAAGGGGGUGAUUGUCAAUUGCGGAUUGUGCUACCAUACUGUUCUAAGAAACUUAAAUGGGAAGUUAUAUUUGACAGUACAUCACCUUGGUUCGCGCCGGAUUUUAGAUUUGAUGAUGAUACUUUUUUGGCGAAGAUAGAGGCAAAUUUUCUUGAAGAAAAAGUACCAAGUCUGUUUAAAUGGAAUGAAAAUGAUCCCAAGGCACUUAGUGAUGUCUUGUCAGAACUCAUCAGUUUGUAUAAACUUCAUCAUAUAAAAAAACUAAAUGAAGAUGAGAGUUCUCGAGCCUACUUUGAAUACAGUGCUUUGCUUGGAGAUGCAUUAACAUCUGAGAAGGACAUAGAAGUAUGGGUUGGCAACCAUGUUGUGGAGUUUUUAAUAAGACUUAAUGUAGAUACAUCAAGAUUACCAGAAUUAUACUGUGAUGGAACUGAACAGAAUCCAGCUAUUGACACAGCAUUAUUAUUAGUCAGAUAUCCAAACUCAACAAAUGCUGAAUUGAUUAUGUCACCUACACUGACCAACUCACUUGGAAAUAUCAACCUGCCUUUAAUGCAUCAAUCUGGGGUCCUAAUGGAUUAUGUACCUAUGGUGACUGAUUUACUAAACAAUAAGAUUCGAGAUUUGCUCAAUAAUGAAAAAUUAAAACGAGAUUUAUUAGCACAACUGAUUGUUAAAUAUGAAGGUGCUGUACUGGAACAUGACGCAAAUAAUGCAGCUUUCUUAUUUGAAAUGAACAAUUUUCACUGGAUCCUGCAGAUAGACAUUGGGGUCAAGUUUCCAGAGAAGCCUCCAGUAUUAACCUUGAGAUCAAUUUACCAUUGCACUAAAGGAAAACCAAUGUACAAAGUUCUACCAAGCUGUCCAUACAAUAAUUUUGAAGGAUACAUUGAACAACAAGUUGAAAUAUUCAAAAAUGAAUGUAUGGGAACACCAUCUAUUAACCAACUAGUCAGUAUAGAUAACUGAGCAUUUCGUUUUCAAUUGUAACUAUAAUUUAAGGAUUAAAAAUAAAAGAUCAUUUAUUUCAACUUCA